GUGCCGGGGGGAGAAGAAUUCCAGCAGAAGCGUUCCGGAAUCGAUCAGGUUUUGGUAAUGGAGGCGCAUGCGGUGUUCCAGAUGUGGUGUUGAGGACGCGGCGUCGCUUCGUCCCUGCGUCGUGUUAUGCGGUGCUAAUGGUGCGGUGAUGAUGCUGCCAUGCUGCCGCUGUUUCUUCACCAAUCUGGAGGCAUCUGAACAACAUCUCACAACAACAUCCCUGCUGGAAGUUCUACCUGAUGGACUCUGAUGGGAGAGGAUGAUCUUUAUGGCCGUCGGCGCCGCUCUGGUGAUGGUGAUAGCGCGCUGUGUGGACAUGAACGCGCUCCUCGAUCGCUUCCACAACUACAUUCUUCCUCACGUUCGGGGGCCCGAGAGGGUCUGUCACUGUACCUGCGGCAGACAUCGUGUGGAGUACGUGAUCCCGUACGAGGGUUCCAGCUCCCCGGACCGGGAUGGUCCGGCGGGGGGCGGCGGCGUGACCAAGCAGGAGGUGGACCUGGUCCUGGGGCUGUUCCUGGGCUUCUGUAUUAGCUGGAUCCUGCUGUGGCUGGACAGGGUCCUGCAGCGGGUUCUGCGCUCCUGGAGAACAACACACCCGCAGCAAGACAUGUGGAAGUGGGUGACGCAGGCGUGCAACGUCCAGGAGCUUCGCAGACGGCUGCAGCUGCGCAGGAGCGGCGGUGGCGUAGGAGGGGACAACAACGUGGUACACGUCAAACACAGACAUUAUCACAACGGGCACCUGAGCCCGCGCAGACUCUAAUACACACACUCACAAACUCGAUACUCACUGAUGCUUCCUGAUCACGGGCGUGUUCCACGCCGGACUGCAGGACUCCACCGGAGCUGCGUGUGGUUUGAAGCGCCGACUGGGCGUCCCGGGACCGGACCUGCACUCGUUCGUCCUGCCUGACGUGUUCCGUACACGUUUAUUUCCUCUCUUUUGCUUGCUGAUGUCGUUUUUACUGGUUUUGUGGGACGUGUUAGUUUUGUACAGCGGCGGGGCGGGGGUGUGUACAUAUAGACGUUGUGUUUUUUAGGGAGUAGUUUUGUGUAUGGGGGGAAUGUUAGUGUGUGUGUGUGUGUGUGUUUUAGACCCUCGCAUGCCCACAGCUCUACAUUAGUGUGGUGCAGUUUACCUGUAACGAUGGGGCGGGUGUAGAUCGUUCUGUGCAGCACCAUCAGCAUGGG